UGCCUAUAGCCAUCUCCACCGUAACAUCAGGGUCCUCCUUUACACGACGGUCGUUCAGCAACACGCCUCAUCCGUGGCAGCGGGCAGCGGCUCGGACAGCGCUCAUUCAGUUCGUCACGGCCUCGCAGUCUUGCAGAUCUGAGGACGGGCCGUAAGGGUACUAGAGCCGGCGCCGGCGGUUACCUGGGGCGGCCGCCCCACCUCGCUGUUACGGUAGGUCCGUCCCUAACCUCGAAGAUUCGACGCAAGCGGGCGGUGAAUCCAAUGGCGGGCGAGGAAGAGCUCACUGUAGGCGGCGGCGUGCCCAUCCGGCCGCCGCGGCUGGAAGACGCGGGGCUCGAGGACUGCGCGCUCCCGCCGGAGUCUAUCGCUGAGGCAUUCUCCCUCGCUGCCGCGGCCGUCUCCUCCCGCCUCGCCCGGCUGCCCUUCUCCGAAGACUCCGACGAGGAGGACUGCGUCUCGGCACCACGCGGAGGAGGCUGCGUGGAUGACGCCGGACUCGACUGCGGGGCCGCCCCCGUCUCCCUUGUCGGCGGCGGCGUUGCGGGCGUCGGCAGCGUCGACGAAGUCGUGGUCGUCGGCGGAGGACGCGGAGGCGGAUACGAGGACGCGGUAGUGGUCGGUGGGCGCGCAGAAGAGGAGGAUACAGUCGUGGUGGUCGGGGAACAGCCUAGGGACAGGGAGAAGAAGCUGGGGAAGGAUGAUGGAUGUGUCGAGGGGGUGCGAGAAGGGGUCAGUGAACCCAGACGGGCGCAAGGCGAUGAAGACGGCGAGGAGGCGGCAGAGAAGGCGAUCUUGGUGCCAGAUUUCGACUGAACAGCUCAAUUUCUGAUCGCUGAAUCUGGCAUCUCGCUGUAGCUUGGGCCAAGGUUGCUGGCAUUGGACAUUGGUAAAGUGCAGAGAUGGCAAUGGACGUUGAUCCCCGAUUUCCCGCGGAAAAUUACUCCAUUAGAGCAUGGUGAUGUAGAAUUUUCUUCUCCCAUGCAGAUAUAAGAGCGGAAAAUUCUUUCCCCUACGGGUAAACAGGGAUUAGGACGGGGAAGUAUCCCCUCAUUCUCGUGGGGACCUGUUAAACCUGCGUGUGACGAUGUUUUCAUGUACUAGUUAAUUAUAAAAAUAAAUAAUUAGCUUGUCAAAAGAUCAAUCAUUACAAAUGUGUUCAUUUUGAUGAGCACAUAAUGAUUUCUUACAUCUAACAAUAUGUAUAAGUGAAAUUGUUUUGUAUUAAUAAUAAAGGAUGUAUAUUCUAAUUA